CUUGAUUCGAAUUUCAAAAUGGCGGAUGCACGAACAGGAUUUUGCUUGUUUUGACAUCAAAAAAGUAUAGAUAUUAGGCCUUCACAGUCAAGUUGUUCUAUAUUAUUCGUUACCAGUAUGUCUCUUGUAGCGUACGGGGAUAGUGAUGAUGGAUCGAGUGACAGCGAGACGGAAGAAAUCAGUUUAGACGCGAAGACUUCGCCGAAAGCUMGUACAACAACAGCUAUCGACAACGUCAAAAAUGUAUCCAAUUCCGAAGCAUCUAUCGAUAUAAAACCUUCCUCUCACACAGAAAAACGGUCAAARUUAUCUUCWUUGCUACCAAAGCCGCAAAAGAGUUCACAAAGUACCAUAGUGAUUCAUUCUGAACCGCAGAAAAAAWUGCUAGAUUUGAAAGCUAUWCRAGACGAAGACGAAGAUGAAAUCAUUGAUGUAGAGGAGGAAUAUGUACCCUUAAAAGAAAUUAAAAAGAAAUCUAGMAAAACUUUAGUUGAAAAGAAUGAAGAGCAAAAGUCAGUCGGUAGUCUCUUUUCUCGUAUGCCAUCUCCAUGGUCACAAGCUACGGGAAUCUCACUCCCAAAGAAGCGAGGACAUGGURAUGACUUAGAAGCUGCAAGCUCUUCCAAGAAAGGCAAACACCCUGUUAGGAUUGUAGCACCAACACUCGUUGAUGCUGACUCGGAUGAUGAAUCAGAUGAAAAGAAAGUUUCAAAGACUGUCAAGCAGGCAAAGUCUGGUUCUGGUCUUUCAUCUUUGCUACCCAAACCAAAGCACAGYGUGACAUUAACAGCUUCCAAUCCCAACAAACCAACAGUCAAACUAUCAAACAGAGCUCUCAUUCCACAUACUCUGACAAAGAAGCCAACCAGUAAAGAAACAAAAACUACUAAGAAAACAGAAGAUGGAAAAAACAGUGACGAYGAAGAAGAGCCWGUUUCAUUCUUUACCUUUAAUGACAAAAAUGACGUAGCAACGAAAGGUGUCARUAAGCCYAYWACUGUAUCWGAACCAACUGAAACAGUUUCAUUUAGCAGUAGCAUAAAAGUGGCAAGUGUUCCUGAAGUAAUAGAUACUAAAUCAAGUCCAUUUGGCUAUGAAGAAUCCAGAGAUGAGCCUUUGGGAGUAUCUGAYGAUCAGAGUAGCUAUAGCUAUGGUAAUACUAGUGAUGCAGAUCAAUAUAGUGAAGAAACAACCACAUACUACCAACCACAAGAUGGUAGUCAACCUUACGAUUAUGGAAGUUAUGACCAAAGUGCCUACACAACCUAUUAUGAUACGCAACCAACAUACAGUCAUUAUCAAGAAACAGUUGAACCACAAAUACAAGAUAUUGAUAUAGGCAAAAUGCAAAGACUUCAAGGCAGAAAGAACCGCAAUGAGCAGAUCAACAUCAUUGAUAUUAAUGCUGCAGAUCAGACUGCUGAUGCUAAAGUACAACUAACAAACCUAACAGCUGAACAGUUUGCUCACAAAUCAUCCAAGAAACAAGGAAACAUGCCAUCAUCACAGCAACGUAGAAAACAUCAAAUUACAUACUUGGCAUUUCAGGCUAAAGAACGUGAGUUUGAACUGCAGCAACAGUGGGCUUCAAACCGCCAGACAAAAAGACAAACUCAAGCGAAAUAUGGAUUUUGAAAUAAUGUAAUACGAACUUAUUUUGUAAAUAAAUUCUACAAGCCUUUAAUAAACA